AUGUCUUUCACUCCCAUCGAUUCCAACCUCAUCACGGGCUUCGACCCCUCCUAUUCUCUCUUCAAGCGCUGCGUAUCAUGCUCUGACUCCUCGCCCACCUGCCCGACAUGCGAGACCGGCUACACAUGUACCAUGUCCACCCAGUCCUGCGAAUCCUGUGCCACAACGAAGUGUGUUUCGUCGGGUGCUAACUCGUCACCUGCACCAUCCAGUGGCCCUGAUACGGGCGCAAUCGCUGGUGGUGUAGUUGGUGGUGUUGUCGGACUCGGCCUGAUUCUCUUCCUGGUCUAUUGGUUCAUCAUUCGGAAAAAGCGCCAGGAGCGCGCCGAACAACAAGAAAAGAGCAGCCAAUUUGCUGCUGCCCGCUCUGAGCGCCAAUCCACCCAGUCCAUCGCCUCCACCGUCCUCACCCGUGCCUCGAAUGUCAUCCAGAUCGCCUACAUCCCUGGUGUCACCAACCGGUCGCCCCCAGAGACCCCGGCCACCUUGAUUCCCCCGGUCCCCCCUCUGCCUGGUGCUCACCCUGAUCAACACUUCUUCAUGCCCGGUGACUUGCGCGACUCCAGCUGGACCACCAUGACAGGCCACCAAAGUAUGGCGAACACCCUACGUAGCAGUGUGGCAACCACUAUCUACCGCAAUGACGCCAUUGUCAGCGCCGUUCCCGCACAACAAAUUACCCGAACUCGUGCCAACAUCGUCAGUGUCCACAAUGGUUCCGAUUCCGGCUUCUUGACCCCCGAUGGUCGAGGCACACCAGUGAUGAUCACCCCAGCAAACGCCCCCGCUGUACCCGUCAUCACGUCCGCCCAACUCGCGAAGGCUGGAGCCAUCCCAGCCCCCUCCCCUGUCGCCUCUAACUCCUCUUCCUCGAUUGUAGCCCGCACCGUGAUGGCCAAGCCGGUCAUGGUUCGUGGACCCUCUUUGAAGAAGAAGAACGAAGCCAAUGUGGGCACCAAGGAGGUCACGAUUUCAGAGAAGCCAAUGACGUCUGGCUCCACGACUGAUAGCCAACAAUUCGACCACCAGACCUCCACCUUUGACGGGAAUUCCUCCGAUGAGGACGACGAUACGCUGCCCUCCAGCUCCCACUCGACAGCCUCCAAGGGUAUUCCCUCCAUCUCCAUUGUUGAGGUCGACGAGUCUCCCAUGCAGACCUCCGAGACCAGUCCUUUCCACGACCAGGACAGCUCGAGUGCAACAGCCUCGAUUGCCCAGAAGCGCAGCUCCAGACACACAGACCGGACACCGCCUCCGCGCGUGGAGAGUCCAUUCUCCGAUGUCAAUGAAGUGAAAUGA